CCUAACAUAUUGAAGGAGGAGCAAUUAGAAGUAGCAACACAAAGCCCAGUCGUUUCUGAAAAAUGGAGGAAAUCCAAUUCCAUCCCAUGAUUCUAACAUCUCUUCUAUGUCUCAUCUUUUUAUGGUCAAUUUACAGAAUGUUGCUGAAACCUUCAAGCAAAAGAAAACUUCCCCCUUCACCACCAAAGCUUCCGAUAAUCGGAAAUCUACAUCAACUUGGGUUACUGGGUCACCAGGAUCUCCAUUCCUUAUCCCAAAAACACGGCCCGCUGAUGCUUCUUCACUUAGGCAGCGUCCCCGUUCUGAUCGUCUCCUCCGCCGAUUCAGCCCGCGAAAUCACGAGGACUCACGAUCUCAGUUUCGCCAACAGGCCCGUCUACAAGGCCUUCAAGAAGCUGGUCUAUGGCUGCAAAGACGUCACCCUCUCUCCUUACGGCGAAUACUGGAGGCAGAUGAAGAGCAUCGUUGUUCUGCAAGUGCUCAGCAGCAGAAGGGUUCAAUCCUUCCGUUCCAUCAGGGAAGAAGAAACCGCCGUUUUCCUCAACAAGAUUCAGGCGUCUUCGGGGCCGCUGGAUUUGAGUACCAUGUUUGCUAAUUUUACUAAUGAUGGGAUCGGUAGAGCAGCCUUCGGCGGGAAGUACAGUGAGUCUGAAAAUGGAAAGAAAUUCCUGCGCGUCAUGACGGAUCUCAUGGAGCUUUUAGGGACUAUAAAUAUUGGUGAUUUUAUUCCGUGGCUUGAUUGGAUUGGUCGCGUUAAUGGUUUCGAUAAGAGGCUCGAUCAGACUGCCAAGGAGAUGGAUGAAGUUUUGGAGAGUUUGAUUCAAGAACGCUUGCAGCAGACUGAGACUCGAUCGUCCAAAAAUGGAGAAGAUUUCUUGGAUGUUUUGCUCCAAAUCUAUAACGAUGAAUCUGCAGAUGCCUCCAUUGAUCGAGAUAGCGUCAAAUCAUUACUUAUGGAUGUUUUUGUAGGCGGAACUGAUACAAUAUCCACAGCUAUGGAAUGGACGAUGUCAGAAGUCUUAAGACACCCAAAAGUUAUGGAAAAGUUGCAGCAGGAAGUAAGAGGAAUCGUGAAAGAGAAGCAAGACAUAAGAGAUGAUGAUCUAGAAAAAAUGCAUUAUCUCAAGGCUGUGAUCAAGGAAGCUCUACGUUUCCAUCCACCACUCCCACUACUUGUGCCUAGAGUGGCUACCAAAGAUGUGCAGAUAAAAGGUUUCGACAUUUCUGCAGGAACAAUGGUGAUGAUCAAUGCGUGGGCUAUAGGGAGGGACCCGGUCUCAUGGGACGAACCAGAAAAGUUUAUGCCGGAGAGAUUCUUGAAUUCUUCCAUAGACUUCAGGGGUCUUGACUUCGAGUUGAUCCCGUUUGGGGCUGGACGGAGGGGAUGCCCCGGGAUCACGUUUGCUGUUGUUGCUAUGGAGCUUCUGUUAGCAAAUCUCGUGCAUAAAUUCGACUGGAAAUUGCCUAAUGCAAAAGAUUUGGACAUGACUGAGAGCCCGGGAUUGACAGUUCAUAGAGCCACUCCUCUUCUUGCAGUUGCUUCUCACACUACAUAAUUUGGAAUACUCUAUCAAGAUUUUCAAGUUUCAAUCAAUAUUACCUAUGUAUGCAGAUUAUAAAAUAUUUACAAAUGUGAUGUUGUUUUUGUCUUGUCUGAUGCUUGUAAUUUGUAAAUGACAAAUAAAAUCCUGUUGAUCAACGUCAGAAAAGAUAUUGGUCUUCAAUAUCAUUUGGCAUAUAUUUUUAGAUUCUUGAAUGAUGCUUGGCAAAGGCGGCCGUAUUAUAAUAUUGAUCAUCAUUUGGUAU